UGCCCAUAAAGCGCGGCGGGAGCGCGGCGGGGCCGCGGCCAUGCAGUGAGAGCCCGCCGUGGGACCAGCUCUGCGAGGGACAGACCCCCAGCUCAAGAUGCAGAGGUGCACCGGAGUCCUGUUCCUGUCUCUAAUCCUUUGUGCCGCCCUCUCGGAAACACUCGGGCUGGUUUUCUCAGCAAAAGACAAAAGGGGUUGGACUUUGAAUAGUGCUGGUUAUCUACUUGGGCCACAUGCAGUAGAUAACCACAGAUCUUUUAAUGACAAGCAUGGUUUCACUGGUAAACGUGAAACACCGCCUGAAGAGGAUAUUAAAGCAGGGAGCCUUGGGAGACCCCUGGCUGAUGAAAACAUUGUGCGCACAGUAAUUGAAUUUUUGACCUACUUGCAUCUGAAAGAGGUGGGAGCACUUGACAAGCUACCUACACCAGAGGAAAUGAACCAGUCUUGAAAAAUUCAUUUUUAUUUUGUUGCAGUGUAGAUUUAGACUGAAUUCUAAACAAAAGACCAACAUGACCUGAAGUUAAGAAGUAUGGUUUGCAUUUAUUUGAUAAAUGGUAAACAGCAUUCUGCCCUCUGGUUGGUUUGUUGGAUUAUUUUUUGCUUUUUUUAUCCUUCCAUCCCUCUCCUGCAAUGUCAUUGUGUAUAAUUUUGCUCUGGUAAUUUUUUUCUGUCG